AUGAAUAAGUCAGAGAUGUCUACUGUAACUGUCUUGUUGGACUUUCCUGGUCCCUGGGAAAUGCAAAUCAUCCUGUUUUCAAUGAUUUUAUUGGUAUACAUCUUGACUCUGACUGGGAAUAUGGCCAUCAUUUGUGCAGUGAGGUGGGACAACCAACUCCAUACCCCCAUGUACAUGUUCCUGGCCAACUUCUCCUUCCUAGAGAUCUGGUAUGUGACCUGCACAGUCCCCAACAUGCUGGUCAAUUUUCUUUCCAAAACCAAGACCAUAUCCUUCUCUGUAUUUACUCAAUUCUACUUCUUCAUUUCCCUGGGCACAACUGAGUGCUUCUUCCUCUGUGUCAAGGCUUACGAUCGGUACCUGGCCAUCUGCCGCCCACUACACUCUCCCUGCAUCAUGACUGGACAGCUCUGUGUCAUUCUAGUGUCUGUUUCUUGGAUGAUUGGUUUCUUUUCACAUUCAAUUCCUAUCUUCUUCAUUUCUCAACUACCCUUUUGCGGUCCCAAUAUCAUUGAUCACUUUCUGUGUGAUAUGGACCGACUGAUGGCAUUGUCCUGUGCCCCUACACCCAUCAUGGAGCAUGUAUUCCAUUCUGUGAGCUGUCUUAUCAUCAUUCUCACCAUGUUGUACAUCCUAGGGUCCUAUUUCCUGGUACUCAGAGCUGUGCUACAGAUUCCUUCUUCAGCUGGGCGACAAAAAGCCUUCUCCACCUGUGGAUCCCACUUAGUUGUGGUGUCUCUGUUCUAUGGAACCAUAAUGGUGAUGUACGUAAGUCCAACGUCUGAAAGCUCAGUUGCUAUGCAUAAGAUCGUCACACUGAUACACUGUGUAGUGACACCAGUCUUAAACCCCUUCAUCUACAGCCUACGCAACAGGGACAUGAAAUCCGCCCUCCAUCAGGUCCUUUGUGUAAUGAGAAUUAUCCAAACCUCAUGA